GAACGGUGGAAUUUUCUGGUGUUUUCUAAGCAACUGGUGGGUGGCCGUGGGCACGCCUUUGGAUAUUUUUGGCAUUCCAGCGUUUUCCCCGUGCUGCGACACUGGUCGCUGCCAUUUCUGAUGUUGUUGGCGCCUAGUAACCGUGUGGGAUCUGCGAAGUCAGGGUUUAUGGGGACGAUUUUUACCUGUUGGGUUUCAUUGGAAAAAAUAAUUCACGGAAGUAGGGGAGCAGAAUCCUGUCGAAACACGUCCAUUCCGGGGUUGCUAUUUUGUUGCUGCGGAUGUUGUGAAGCAACUCGAGCUAGUAGCAUAACUUGUUCUAAUUUUGCAGUUCUGAAUUGGAGGAUUUCCUGUAGCGAGCCUUUCGUGACUGACAUCCUCGAGUUUUGAGGUGGAAAUGGCAUGUAGGUGUGGUGUCCUACUGUUGUGUGUCCCUUCCAGUUGCAUUGCCGACUGCGAGGUAGCUCGCUGUAAUUUUUUUGCCGUGGAGCUCGUGCAGUGAAUCUAUUUUCUGGUGCUGUUUUAGGUGUUGCUCCGAUUGCACAUCUUGUGGAAUUUCUUGGUUGCUGCAGGCAGUGUUUGUAUGGUGCCCUUGAAAUUUUAUCAAACAGUGGGUGUUUGGCGUCAGAAAUAGAACCAUAAAUCUUUUGACAGAAACACAACUACAGUCUUCUACAUUCCCAUUGAUCUGGUUUGGAGGUACUUGACAAGCUCGGGUUUACGGACGUCAUGAUGUUUUUAAGGAGCCACUUUUGAUUUUAUUUUAUUUUUUGGUACGAUCUUGCUGUCAGAUAUAUUAUGAUGUUGGUUAUGUCAGUACUCUUUUGAUCACUAGUUUCAGAUUUGUGCUUACUAUAGUAAUUUGUGCUGAUCGGUGUGAUAAUUUAUCUAUAUAUAAUUUUGUUGCUGCAGUACACCCUUAUGUUUACUAAUGGUUGUUGUUUUCUGUUUUGUGCAUUUUUGAUAAUUUUUCAAAGAAUGGGUACUGGACGGAAGGCAGAGACCUACAAUGUCGCAGCACCAAAACAAGAUCGAAGCAAUACUCGGUGGUAUGGUGACCAAUCUUUUCCUGCACGUAAUCUUGGGGAAGAUGCGCUAGCAGGAGUUAUUUUCGGCUGCACCAACAAAACAAUGAAUGAAUGCCUCUCUAAACAGCUAUUUGGUUUGCCUGCAUGCCAUUUCUCCUAUGUGAAGAAUAUUAAACCUGGACUGCCUCUGUUUCUGUUCAAUUACAGUGACAGAAAACUGCAUGGCAUUUUCGAAGCUGCCACUCCUGGCCAGCUUACCAUUGACCAAUUUGCUUGGAGUCAUGAUGGUAGAACAAAGACACAAUAUCCAGCACAGGUUCGGGUCUCUAUCAAAACUCAGUGCCUACCACUUCCAGAGAACAUAUACAAAGGCGUGAUUAGUAGCAAUUAUCACAAGUUUCGCCACUUCCACUUUGAGCUAGACCAUGCACAAACAAGAGACUUAGUUUCUUUGUUUGUACCUGCUCCUGUUGGUGCUGUUCCAAACGAGCGGAAUCUUUCUGUACCUCCUGCUCUCGUUGACGCUGCUCCAAACAGAUGCAGUCUUUCUGGACCUCUGCCAUCUCCAACAGGAGCACAGCUUGUUCGUGGCGCAGUGUCGACCGAGUCUGGUUCAACGGAUGGUGAACAGUUUGCUGGUUCAGCAUAUUCACUUGAUAGAAAUGCUGACCAUGCCAGCGCAAGUAGAACAUCAAAGAGCAACUUUGAUGAAGAGUCUUCUGAGUGGGAUGAUUUGGGUGAUGGUGUGACUGAGAAAGGAACAAAGUCUGUGAAUGAUGGCCAUCCACAUAUCAAUCCAGUGCAUGGUCAACAGCAUGACCCAAUGGAUGUUUUGCAGAAGUUGCAAGAACUGUCUCUUUUACGGCAGGAGAAGGCCCAAUCCUCAGAGGUUGCUGUUGAUUCUACUUCAGGUGGAACCAGACUUCAAGAAUCACCACUAGGUGCUACUUUUGCCAAAGAUCCAUCAAACGCCACCUUGGGCGGUGAUGAACCUAUGAAGGAUAGCACAUCCUUUGAGCAACGUUGUGGAAAUGAUGAGCUGCUUCAGAUCAUCAAUGAAUUAUCCAAAAAGACUCAAGCAAUUGGGAAAAAACAGAUUGAGUCAGAUGCAGAAAUACUUGUAUUGAGGGCAACUGUAAAGGACAUGGAAAGAAAAAUUCAGGAACUGCAGUACCAAUAUGGAAAAUUACAGUUGGAGUAUUCAGCAGCACUUCUUGGUGAACCACGCAAUAUUCUGGAAGGGCCAUCAAUUUUCCUAAUAGGUGGCCAUAAUGGAAUCACCUGGUUGCCAUCCCUCGAUUCCUUUUACCCUACAGCAGACAGACUAGUGCCACUGAGGCCAAUGAGCUCAGCCCGUUCAUAUGCUGCUGUUGCUGCAUUGAAUGAUCAUCUCUUUGUUUUUGGUGGAGGCGAUGGCGAUUCAUGGUAUAACACAGUGGAAUGCUACAACAGGGUGAGCAAUGAGUGGAUGGCAUGCCCAUGCUUGAAACAGAAGAAAGGAAGUCUUGCUGGAGCCACAUUGAAUGGUAAAAUAUUUGCUAUUGGUGGGGGCGAUAAGUCGAGAUCUUUUUCAGAAGUUGAGAUGUUUGAUCCAGUACUUGGGAGUUGGAUAUACAGCCCGUCUAUGCAGCAAUGUCGAUUUGCUCCUGCUGCAGCCGAAUUAAAUGGCAUCCUUUAUGUUGUUGGUGGUUAUGAUUUCAGCGACGGCUCAUACUUACAAUCAGCAGAAAGGUAUGAUCCAAGGGAAGGUUUCUGGACCCAGCUUGCAAGCAUGAAGACAAAAAGAGGAUCCCACUCUGUUACUGUCCUGGGGGAAGCACUAUAUGCUCUGGGAGGGUACGAUGGAGACCAAAUGAUGUCCACUGUGGAGAUCUUUGACCCUCGUGCCAAUUCGUGGAGGAUAGGCAGCCCGUUCAGCGUCCCAAGAGGAUAUGGGUGUGCAGUGACAGCGGACGAUAAUGUGUACCUCAUUGGCGGGUCUGAAUCCAAUGGAGAAACUGUUGAAACUGUGGAAGUUUACAACGAGAGGCAAGGCUGGACUAUCCCUGGCUACAAGGCGAUAGGGAAGAGGGCCUUCGCCUCUGCCAUCGUCGUUUGACAGGGCUGCAGAUCUCAUAUCCUGCCCACAUUUUGCUUUUUGCCGGAGCCAUAUGGACCCCUUCUCCCGUUGCCGGUGGGUUCUGUACAGUAUGAGAUGCCGAUCACAGUAUAACCCUCUUCUUGAAAUAGCCGCUGGGGGUUUGAGGAUUUUUUUGCGGCACGCCCCUGUGCCGAUGUACAGAUGUAACCCAUCAGUUUGGUGCUUGUCUCAGACACCAUAGGAUUGAUCUUACAGCAACACAAGGUCUUGACGCUAACAGAACACAUGCAGCAUAUCCUCCUGCCGCGUUCUUGAGUGGGCGCAGACGCGUGGUUCCUUGUUUCUGUUUGUUUUUUUGGGCGAUACUUGAUGGUGCCUGAACAAAUUGAACUGAUCGCGAUUCAUGAGUGGCUACUCCGAAAUUUGGAAUGGAAAAACCCAAACUGUUUUUGCAA